AUGGGACAACAUCAGAGGACCUCAUCUACCCAUCUUCCAAUUCUAUACAACCAUCUACUCAAUUGCAUAUUCAAUAAUCCGCAUUACAACAAGUCACCAUUCAAGAAUGUCGUUGAAGAAUUGCGAACAAAGCAUAACCAGUAUACAAUCAUUGUACCGUCAGCAUUUGUCUUGAACGAGUUCUAUGACCCAGCAACCGAAGGUUCAAGCAACAGGGUGUUAUUAAAGGAGUUAUGCUACAACAAUGAAGAGUUUAUCAAAUCCCACAUAAUCCAAACUGGGUCCCCUGUUUCGUCAACCAUUACUCCUAUAUCAAAGGAACAGCUGGUGAUAUACAAAACCAUGGAUAAUAAGCAAGUACUUUUAAAAAAUAGAAUGAUCUACACAGGAAAAGGAUUUAGACGAAGUUUGAAGCUCAAGAUUCUCGCAGUUUCGUACUUUAGAUCAUUCUGUGACUAUUUUCCCAAGGGCAGCCAAUUCAUGCUCGUACACAUUGAAAGCACACUAUUUGGAGGACAACCAUACAUCAAGAGUUCUUUACCUCUAGCGCCAAUACUAAAUGUAAAUGACUCUAGCACAGCCUCUAAAUCAAAUUCUUUAACACUUGAGAGCAUAAAUAACAAAAUCAAAAACGAGUCCGUCACAUUUGAAAAAUUGCUACGAAAUUUCCCAUUGUUAGCAAGAGCAGUAGGAGAUAAGUUUAAUCGAUUGUUUCACCAUAAUAAUCACCAAUUUUACGGCUUACGGUCGAAUACACGCAAGAAACUAGAGCACAUCAAGAUUGAAUUUCACAAAAUACUUGAUGAAGCAUUCAAGAUUAUUCUGGACAGUGUUAAGGAAGAGAGACCCAAUGGCGAAGCGACUUAUAAUCUCAUCAACCACAUUAUCAGUAUCCACCCCAACUUGAAUUUGGACAAAUUAGUUCAUGAAUACGUUGAGCUCAAUUUAUAUGAUGUGCUUUGGUCGCAACUAAUAUAUCAAUAUAAUUACCCCAAUGAUGAUAAAGCAGAUUAUGACCCAAGUGCAACAAAAGUGAUGACGAGUGCAAAAUACGAACAAUUAUCGUGUCUUUCGCUCAAUCAGCUCGAUGUUCCGUUAAAUAAGCCUUGGCAAUUAAAUGAAUUACACCACCGAAUAUAUCAAGCUGUACAAGAAUUGAAAAAAUUGUCUACCUCAUCAACAACUACCUCAACUCUGGCAGCUAAAAUGCAAAUCAUAUAUAAUACAAUUAAUAUUUUGACCAACCCAUCGCAACACGCGCCAAUGGCGCCAGAUUUAGUAAUAGAUGCCGAUACAUUAAUGGCCUUGCUUAUCAUGACUAUUGUACAUGCUAAAGUCGAUAACUUUGAAGCUCAUCUUUUCUACAUUGAGAGCUUCAGCGCAAGUGAUGUAGUUUGUGACGGCCAUUUUAGCUAUAUCAUGAGCACUCUCGAUGCUGUAAUAUGUCAUUUGUCGGACAACGACAAGGGGCUUAACACGCUUAUACAAAGUUCACAACAAAAUUUGGAAUUAUGGAGUGCAAUAUUUGAACUGGAUCUAGUUUCAAUAACCAAAAUUGUUGAAUCUUUUAAGAACGCGGCACUGCUCCCUGAGCAACAUUGUUUAAAGAGUCGCAAUAUAAGUGGUGAGGGAGCAUUAACAUUUGCCUUGAAAGCCAACAACUACGACGUCUACAAGCUACUCUUGGAUGGAAACCCAAAUUGGUUUACCAUCGAUGACAUUUUGUAUGAAAAAAAUGUUGUGACGAACCAAAACUUGCUCAUGUGUGCACUUUUAGAGGAAACCAAAGAGCAAAUUGUAUUAGACUUGCUCGAAACAAUCACUGAAAAUGCCACCGUAAAGGAACAACAGGCAUAUUACAAUAUGCAAGAUUUAUCGGGACGAAGUAUUGGACACUAUUUAUUCCACAACAUGUCACUAAUUUCAAAAAUUGGCCACCUUAUUGAUUGGGAGUUGAGGGACAGAAAUACACAUACACCAUUGUUUAGUCUUUGCCGAUGCUACGAUCAUCCAGAGUACAUUGAAUUAGUGCAAGCUGGAUUCGAAGCAGUAUACCUGCAGCUUGAUAAAAUGAGAAAUAAUCAUAAUCAAAAUAUUUGUAGCAAUGGGACAAAGAUAGAAACUGAUGCAUGCAAAGAUGCAAGAGACGGCAUUCACAUCAAUAAUGACAACAGCAGUAGAGGUAUCGACUUUGAAAAACAUAUUGACAAGAAUGGCAACACGUUAUUGCAUGUCAUAUUGAAAGGGAUACCAGAAACAAGAAUAUUGAGCCGAGAGCUGAACCUGAUUGAUGUCAACAUUUCAAACUAUCGACAUCUAACACCACUUAUGUUGUACGUCAAAUAUGGAAGAUUGGAAAACUUGGAGUCAAUACUAGCGGAUAAUCGACUCGACUUUUUAGCUGAAGACCCAUCUACACAUUACAAUAUAUUUGAUUAUCUUUCGUUCCUGGCUGGACGGUAUGCCAAGGAAAACGUUGAAAAAAUUGAAAAAAAAUUAAUUGAAUUUUACUUUAGCCAUUAUUUUCCUUUUGAAGCGCAUUACAAACUCGUUGCACUUAAUGGUAAAUAUGAUCCGAGUACAAGAGAUUGGUAUAUUUACUAUAGAGCAGAGGACCAAAAAGCGCUGAGACCGAAGUCCUUAAAUUCAUUGAAGCAUAUAUUGUAUUUAGAAAAACUUCAGCGUCCAUUUACAACAUUUAUUGACAGUGAUAUAUUUUGGAGAAAUUAUGCAACCAACAUUUCAACCACACCAAUGUUUCAUAAGCUUCGUGUAAACUCAUUGAUCCAUAGACUCAAUAUCUUAUUUCAGAGUGUAGCUUGUCAAAAUAUCGGUGACUCCAGAGCCAACGAUUUGUUCAACAGGUUUCUCACCAAUGAUGAAGACGAACUGGUUCUCGAACUGAAAAAGAAGAUUACCGAUUUAUUAGAAUUGAAAAAACUGAAACUUGGAGAAGUGAAAUUGAAAGUUGGCCAAGUACAAGAGAUUGAAUAUUUUCUUGAUUAUUGUUUAGAUGAGAUGAGAAGGGCCAUUCAGAUCUUUAGCAAGCUUUCCAAAGUUGCCAUAAUAGGCGAACAGAAACAAAUUGAUGUACAAAAUGUUGAAAAUAGUUUACUUUACCGUUUUGACGUUGAAAGAUUUUUCCAGCCUUUUAAAACUUUAACGGAAAAUGAAACACUUGUUAGGGUGUCUGGAAGUCUAGGAAAUUUUGGAGAUUAUUUGGUAUGGAUUGAGCUUGCAGGAAAGGAAUUAUUGAAAAAUAUAUUUAAAAUAUCAGCUGACAUUCAAACCUGGAAAGACUUGUAUCAUGCAAUUUAUACAAUCAAUAGAGAUUUGCGAUCCAUGGAAUAUCCAACAGGCUCACUUCCAACGGCAUCAUCGAAUGCAAAAGAAACAGAUCCCAAGGCCUUACUGAGAGAGGGUGGUAAUACACUUUCUAGGACACCUACCAAUAGUUCAGAUUAUACUGCUUGCAAUUUUGAUGUUCCAAACACCGUGGUUGACGAUAACGAGGGUAUUUUUAACCUUCUUGCGUCAAGUAAAAGAUCAAAGUACAAGAAACUUGUUGUUGCUAGAGCCGACCUCGUAAAGCAAAUCAUGAAACUAAACGUUGAUAUCAAGUGGCUGCAUGAGAUAAUUGCUACCGAGCUUUCUCAAUUUAUAAAAUUUAGAGGCCGCUUUUUAGAAUUUUCAACCAAAUUGUUUGUCAACGAGGAAAUGAGAUCGCUACGAAAACGUAAGCUUGAGCUUGAAAAGUUUUUGUAUAAAGUCAAAAAUAGCUGA